AGAUCACUAAGACUGCCUGCCCAGGUUCCACUGAAUUUGUCUCCUUGCCUCCCUUCACAGACCCAGAAUGGCUACCUUUGUCUCGCUGGUCACUUGCCAAAACAUCACUUGCCAAAACUGCAACAACACCUUAAGACACAAUGCGAUGAGCAGAGACUAUAUGAUGGGCUUCUCCAGGAACUACCGUGUUCCCAGCGCUGCCAAGAAACAUUGGGUAGCUGGCAGAAAUCUACAUCCAGCCUAUAGAGGGCGCUCCCCCCUCCCCAAGACUGCAACCACUGAGAAAUCUCCCUCCACUCUAAAAAGGUCAUCUUCAUCUGAGUCCAGUAGCUCCUCUUCCUCCAGCACAGGCAGUGUGAAGAAGCUUGCACUCGAACGCCUGAGAAAGUUUCUGCUUCUGGGGCACGAGCAGAAGAGAGUAAGAGACGGGCUGAAGUUCUUCCUCCCUGCUCUCUGAGAGUCCCAGAGGCACUGGUGACCGCGUCGACAGGCCUGGCCUAUGUUUUGGCCCCCUCCCAAAUGCUCAGAAAAGUUAGCAGUGCCUGUGAAGAGUGCGAGUGAGCCUGAAAGCCAGUGCACUGCCGCUGGUCUAAUCUUUAAUGGGAAGGUGUUGGAAGGAUAGCGCUUUCUGGCUGUGUAGUCAUGAUCCUUCAGUUGUACGAGAGAUUCCAGAAAGAAGCCUCAGCCUGUCACUACACUGAGUGAUAAGGGAGUGGCGAAGAUUGUGAGAGUAUCCUGUUGUACUGUGACAAGCAGUUUCUACAGACCACAAGACAGUUGUGUGGUUAUUUAAGUAUUUUACCAUACAUUUUUUGUGAGUUUUAAAUAAAAGUGGCACAAGUUAUCAGGCCAAAAUUCAGUGUUCUUUCAGAUUUUUACAAGAUCAUUUUCAGCAAUAAGCAAUGCAUUGUCAUUGCUUUAUCUUAGUCUGGCUGAAACAAGAGUAAUGUAACCUUAUACAGGGACCAGAUCUGUGUCCAUUUAUACCACCUUAGUACUGAUGGUGGAAAUUCAGGCAUUGUCAUUUUAGAAAAACCAUGUACGUUUGGAACGGUUUGGGGGUAGAAGACUCAAUGGAGUCAAAUUUUAACAGACUACAGUAUAUUAACUUCAGAGGUCUGUUUUGUGCAAAAGACUAUAUACAUUUAUACUAUAUAUCCAAAUAUACCAUAAACAUUACUUUUUGCUUCAAAGGUUUAUGAUGUUUAUAAAGGUGUUCAUGCACUGUGGUGCCAUUUGUAUUAUAGGCUACACAGUACAUUGUUAUAAAUAUGUGAAUUCAAAUGUAUUUAUAUCCCUUCUAGUUGAGAGUAGUGUAUGUAAAGUAGGACAGUGAUGACCAAGAUAAGAUUCUAAGCAGCUUUGAUCGUAAUUUAUCAAUUAUACAUUGACGAAAUGAAAUUGUUAAAUAUUCUUCAAAAGUUACAUUACAUUGCAUUUACAUUAUGUUUAUUAGGCAGACGCUUUCACCCAAAGCGACGUACAAUAAGGUUUAUUCUUAACUGACAGAAUUAAUAAGGUUUACAAUAAGGUUUAUACUUAACUGACAGACUUAUCAUAAUUAUUUAUCUAUUUAGUAGAGCCACUUAUUCAGAGCAAUUAUAAGUAAACCUUUUGCAAUUCUAAGUAAACCUACCAUUGCAAGUAUGAAUGUAAGCAUAGUCCUCGGUGACAAAUUAAAGUUAUUAAGAACCUGUAGAACUUGUAAAGAGAAAGCUGCAUGUUGUUCUAGUCUUGUGCAGUAUGCUGCGUUGGUGUCCUUGUAAGUACUUCACAAGUAAAUAUGCAGCUGCAGUAACAGAUAACAAUUGGUUUCGUUCUGUUACACUGAAGAAGGGAAUCUCUUGGGCACUUGAAUAACACAGUAAUGGUAAUGUUAAUAAAGUAUUCAUAAGAUAAGCUUCAUAAGGAGCAUAAUGUAUUCAUUAUGGUACCAAAAGUAAUGUGGAAAUUGUGAUUACUCUAGUUUUAUUGCAUUUCAUACCAUCAAAACUUGAUGGUUUGGAAAUUGUUUAAUUUAAAGAGAACAAGCUGUAUUAAUCAUCUAAUGCAGAAUUACAUUUUAAUUACAGAUAAUUUUAUUUUUCACUUAAAAAUCUAUUAAUCACUGAAUGAUUUGAACAUAAUGAUUUUGCAAAUUGUUUCAAUCUGUUAAUCAAACUGUAUGAAUUAAGGGACCAUUGUUCAGAUUGAAUUUGAGCAAGAAUGUGAAUAUUAUUUAGCCAGUUUCACAGAAAUUAGACUUUUCCCCAUUUAUGGCUGCUUAACCAGUUUUAUUAGUUUUCAAUAAGUAAGUAUGCUUUAAAUGAACUGCAGUUUUAUUGUUUCAUUAUUUGAUACAUGCAAUUUGUAUAGCAAAGCAGUGAAUGUAUCACUUAGCAUAUCAAUUGAAUGUUUUAACAUUUGGAUACUGAAAUUAAAGAGUCUUUAUUGUGUCUUA